AUGUCUUCGUGUCUUCCACGACGUACCACACAACCAUGGCAGGAACUAGACAACCCGCCCUUAUCGUCCAGCAAGGACACCGUCGUCGUCGACGAGCCGAACGCAUACCGGCAGGUCCUCUUCCCCUCCCGCCGCGUCGAGCAGCUCGAUAGCGUCGCACCUGCGCGCGUCCCUCUGUCCGUGCCCUUUGCUUCGCCUGCGUACCAGCCCGCGUACUUCGCCCCCUCACUCGGCGUGGUCCACGCAGGCAAAGACCACUCUUCGCCUGCAGCUGUUUUCGCCACUUUGGGCCCCGGUCAGGGCCAGGUGGAACAGAGCAUGUUUUGGGGGCUCGAGAUCAUGAUGCUGGCGUCACAGCGUACACGCUUCGAUGGUCGCGCCGUCGCAUGCUGA